UAUAGCAAGUCAUUCGAUCACCGGAUUUACUCUUGGAAAAUAUCCAUAUAUCAUUUCUUUAACCAUAACAAAAACAAAAAGAGGUACUCGAUCCAUAUAUCACUUUUGCAAAAGCAAGAAAAGAAAAGCUCACUAGUCAUUAUACUCAUUACCAUUCAUUCAUUCACUUUUGCCUCUUGUCACUUCUUUACCGUUAUAUUUUCGCUUCCUCUCAUUGCCCAAAAGAAAAAAAACACAGCUUUGAACCAUUGAUAAUUUAAUUCAGAAAAAUUCAUAAAAAAAAAUGGGCAUAAAGAAAAAGAGGCAAGAAUCAACGACGUCGCCGUUGUCGCCAUCAUCGUCAUUCCGAUCAUCCUCUAAUCGCCGAGUUUCUCCAGCGACAUCGAAAACAACCAAUGUUGGGUGCAUGUCCGAGAUUUUUCAUCUCAUGUCUAAAUAUCAUACCCGUCGUAAAUUCCUUACUUUUGGUAGGAAACAAGAACGUAAUAGUAAUGUUCACACCCCUAUAAAAUCUGAACAAACACCCACGUGUCAGCCACGUGAUUACAGCUCAACGGUGGCAGAAAAAUUAUCUCUAGAUCACACGCCGAGAAGCCCGGCGAUUCCACCGGAUAUUCGCCGUUCAUCAACCGAAACCGUGGCGAGUUCCCCAAGAGUGGUGGAGCGUUUAGUGGGACUUGAUGAUUUUUCGGCAAGAUCAUCGUCAAAUACUCCGGCAAGGGUGGCGUCUCCGGCCGCGGAAAAAAGGAGGAAGCUUGUUGAUGCUUUGGAAAAAUGUGAUGAGGAUUUGAAGACUUUGAAGAAAAUUAUUGAGGCAUUGCGUAAGACACAAACGCCGCCACGAGUGGUGGAGGUGAAAAGAAAAGAGGUGGUCGAUGAGGUGGAAAGUGAAGUAGGAAGUGAAGGGCCCAGCCCCGUAUCAAUGUUAGACCAUCAUCAUUAUCAUUUAUCUUCCGCUUAUUCUAAGAGAAUUCAACAUGAUCACCAACUUAGGCAACACCAACAACAAAAGCCAAAGCAACACCAAAAGCAACAUAUAACAAAGAAAAAGCCAAGAGAUCAUGAAGACAAAGCUAUGAAUUUCAUGUACAACAAACCAACAUCAUCAUCAAUCAUCAAAGAACAAACCAUUAUCACCACAACAACACAACCAUUACAGUGUCCUACAACAACACAAGUAAAGACAAACACAUGGAGUACGGCCAUGAAAGAAUGUGUGAUCGAGGUUUGUCAAGAGGUUGAAUGGGGUCAAAUACAACAAGUUGGAAGAAUUGGAUUGCUUAUUCAAGAUUUUAUUCUUAAGGAUUUGAUAGAUGAGACUAUUAAAGAUUUAGGUUUUUGUUCUUAUUUUGAUCAUGUUUGUAGUGGGAUUUCCUCUUUUAAGUUACCUUUUGAAGCAUGCAAGAAACAAUUAUGCUUUUAGGGCUAGAGGUUCAAGCUUGUACUCAUAGCGCAAAAUGCAGUUUUGGUCACGCUCGUUAGUUAGUAACUUAGUAUGGAUGAUUUUCUGGUCAAUGCAGCUAAUAUUUUAAUUGCUGUAAAGUCGAAAACCUUUUCAAUACGAUCGCGAUACAGUGACGUGGCCUUAUUUUUCAAUGUGAUUGUACUUGUACUUGUACA